AUGUUCCUGUGCCAGUUCUUUGACCCAGGUGAGGUGCUGUACGCCUACGACAGCCCCGCCGGAUACGGGCUGAUGGGCCUGCAGCUGCUGGCCUACGUCUGGUUCUGCUACGCCGUGCUGGUGUCUCUCAAACACUACCCUGAGAAACAACCCUUCUACAUCCCUUUCUUCACCACAUACACACUAUGGUUUUUCGCAGUGCCUGUUAUGGCUCUGAUCGCCAACUUUGGGAUUCCUCGUUGGGCUCGGGAGAAGAUCGUGAACGGCAUUCAGCUCGGCAUUCACCUCUACGCCCACAUCGUCUUCCUUGUUAUCACACGACCCUCAGCAGCCAAUAAGAACUUCCCAUAUCACGUCCGGACGUCUCAGAUCGGGAUCCUGCUGUCCAGCCCGAAAGCAGGCGAAGGGGCGGAGAGUUUCCCCCAUCAUGCAUAUGGAAACGGUUCCUUCCUGGGAGACUCGCAACCCAACUUCACUGAGCUCUUCUCCAUCCAUUCAGAGCCGGUGACGACGGUGGAGGAGACGGUGGCCCGUAAAGGAGGCGAGGUGCCAAGGAACAGCGAGCAGAAGAUCAUCACCACUGCUGCUGAUUUAACGGCGAUAUUACCCCCUCCUCUGCCCCCAAUACCCCCACGCCAGACCUCACGCUCCCCCCCGCUGCCCCCCCGGCUCCCUUCCUUCACAGAGUAUUUCAGCAUGCAGAGCGGAGGAGGAGGAGCGUUUGGGACGAAGGCAUGAGGCAGGACAGAAGGAGAGGGGGGAAGGAAUCAAGGAAACAAACAGACUGACAAUACAAAGUAAAGGAAGAGAUAUGAAGGUGUUCCUGUUCAGUGACAGCCAAAAGGAAAGUGUGCACGAUGUAGAGUAAUCAUCAGGAAAGCAAAUCCCUAAACGGUCUCUUUUCACCUGCAAAUGGAAAUAACCUAGAAGAGUGAGGGGGUAAGGGCUGUGAGAUAGGAGUGCAGAGCGUGUUAAAGAAUAAAGAAGCAAUACAUAUUUGAAGUUGACCAGUUAGAGGCACACAGGGAGAAGGAUGUAAGUGGAUGUAGCCAGAGCAAUAGGAUGAUAGCUGGGCAAAUACUCCUGAUCAAACAUUCAUGAGGCAUUGAUGGUGUGUCAGUAGGAGUUUGUAAAUACCUAAAACCGGAGAUAACUACCACUCUGUAUAGAUUAAUUUCAAAAAAAGGAAAUUGUUUGGAUUUCUUUUCUUUUUUCGCAUCAAUAAAUUCCUGUUGGUGCUGUGACCAUCAGAACAAAAUAACUCAUACCAUUACAUUUAUCCAAGUCAUGUAAAAAAGAAAAAAAACACAAGACUUUUUUAUGUUUGACACAUUUUUGAUAAAGCAUAGAUAUUAUAUGGAGUUUGUUGGGUUAAUUUAUAUUCUUAUAUGCCUUCAUUGCAGCUGGUUAUUCUGGAUUAAUAUGCUGAUGUGUAAAUGUAAAAUGUCACGUUUACUGUGGGCACUUCUAGGUACUCGUAAAACACGCAUGUUUGUAUCGUAUUUCCCGUCCUGAAAGCUGAUAAAUGUAACUCCACGUGACUGACCAUACAAUAUUCGCUUAUUGUGUGUAUUGAGAUAUAUACUUUUGUGAAUACAUACAAUAGGCUUAAGUAUAUUUUUGACAGGAUAAAUUCUGGUGAUGGAAGCCUUGCGCUGUCUAAAACAUAAAACCAAUAUUACACUAUGUCCGUUUAAGUUGAAUUUUAACUGAAGUGCAGAAUAUUCCUGCUUGAAAAUGUCAUAUCUGUGUAUGUAGACGUUGGUGAAUGUACUGAUGCAAUACAGCACAAGGACAGGGGUGAUUUUGUAGUAACUGGAAUACUACAAUACUCGUUUAGUAAUACUUUCAACACCCAGGAUGUAAGAGCAGGGGAGGGGGGGAUGCCUUUUUUAAAAUACAAGUUACUUCAUUGUCACCCCUGUCUAGUAUAUUUGUUGGCUUUAUUUCACUUUUGAAUUCCAACGUUGCGAAAGGCUGAACAAAUAACACUAGUUUUGUAUCCCCCUACCAUUGAGCUAUAACAAAAAAAGCCUUGUCGAUGAACUGUGAAAACGGUAACACAUGUGUACAUUUUGUCUGUCCUGCAUGGAGCACUUUAAUGUUCCUGGUCUUAGUCUGUUUAUUCGUGAUGCCGUCACCUUAUAGGACUGCUUUGAAACCUGUAUUCACGCCACUUACACGAGUAGUAUUCUACAUUUAUACACCUGUAAAUACAUUCGUGUCAUCGACUGGCAAAGUACCAUGCUAAGUCAAUGUAAUUUAACAUUGAACUGUCAUUUGAGAUUGUCCCUGAGUUUCUGCAAUCCAGAAGAUGCUUAUUGAUUUCUGAUUUGUAAAAAACGGAUCUGAGUUUAUAGUCCACAAAUGUAUCAAUGGCAGUCUUGCUGUAAUGGAGUACUGUAGGAUGUUAGGACUGUGGUGUGUAACUUAUAAGAUUGUAGUGAGAGGUGUAACGUAGUCUGUGAAACCGAAUGAUACUUGAAUUAGAGUAUUAGUCGUUAAUUCUGAUUGUUGGCAUGUCUGCCAUUUGUCUGCCAUUACUUGACUUAAUAGACACAGACAUGCUCACUGACACUGUAUCACCGCUUCAAACUUUGUGUAUAUGGACGUACAAUUACAGAACUGAGACACUGGGAGUGGGAGAACUUGACACAAAGAGAUUAUGUAUGCAUGACAGACAACAGCACAGCUUUUAGGCUACUCAGAGCGAUCUGGUUAAGAGCACAUCACUAAAGCACUGUUCAAAUGCAUUUUAAUGGUGUCAAAUGACAACUCUAAACACGCUGUACAUAUACACUUUUUGCCAAAAUAAUUAAAAAAAUAUGGUUUUAUUAGAA